CUCUCUCCCUCUGUCUGGACACCGGAGGCAGUUGUGCUCAAGUUGGAAGCUGUUUGAAAACUAAGAUGGUUUAAUCCUCUAACUGCAUGUUGGGUAAAUUCAAAACCCACAUGGUCAUCCUCUUGCAGUGGAAUAAGUCGAAUCUGAUGGACAUUUUCUCUGCUUAUAGCAUAGUAAUGAACGUCUGACAGGCACGACCUUUCAUAAGACAGCCCACACUAUUGGCGUUCUGCCCAGAAUAUUGCUGCAACACUAUCUGUGAUUGGUUAUCUCCCUAUCAUGCAUUGCUUCAGAAGGGGAAAACGGCCCCCUUUUUAAUAAAUCUACGAUGGCUGGCUGCAAUGUGCUACCCUGUUGGUACUAAGAAGUGCCUUUCCUGACGUCUCUGCUGCUUGGAACCGCUUCUAGAGCAGACUCUGCUUUUUGCCUUGCUUGCUGCCAGCUAGACUGCGACGACAGCACAUCCACCCUCCACCUCUAGCCCAGCCACCCCUCCCCUCAUUUCUACUUAUAACCAAGAGAAAAGCUCUAAGCAUCAGGCAUUGCCCUAGGCUGCUUUAGUGAUUCUUAUAGAAAUAAAAGUUUGCUGGAAAGUGAGCUGUCUUCUGCCAGAAAGGAAAAAAAUAUAUCAAAGAGAGGAAAGAAAAAGAAUAAUUUCUUGAUUUGUUGCUCUAAACUGCUGCAUCUGCCUGUGCCAAACUAAUCAAUACCAAUUGCACCACACCAAAAAUUAAAAAAUAUAUAUAUUGCAAAUUCAGCUGUGUGGAGAUUACCUUUCAGACAACUUUUUCCUGAGAGCAGCUUGGAAAUUCUGUGUCGAAGGGUCUGCCACGUUUUGCUGCUUGCAUUUUGGGCUCUGGUUUGGCACUCGGAAUGGGUUACUGAGAGCACAAGGCUAACUCCAGGCCAGACUUUUAAAUGGUCAUAUUACUUACGAUCUUACCAUUUCUCUAAGUACAAAAAACCCACCCCUCUUUUGAUUGACAGUUUCAUUCUGUGACUUUCUAGUGGGAAAUCUUUUCCUUGCUGUCGUGACAACACAAUUUUACAUCUUUUAACGUUGGGCUUGGGGCUUGGGGAAAUAUUUUGGAGGUGACAUUUUUCAUCGUUUCCAAGUCUUAUCAGUUUGGCCUUUUCUUUUCUUUUUUUAAUUUGUUUGUUUCGUUGACAAUUUUAACUACCUGUAAAAUCUAAACAUGGCUGUAAGUGUCACACCAAUUCGGGACACAAAAUGGCUAACACUGGAAGUGUGUCGAGAGUUCCAAAGAGGGACUUGCUCACGACCAGAUACGGAAUGUAAAUUUGCACAUCCAUCGAAAAGCUGCCAAGUUGAAAAUGGACGAGUAAUCGCCUGCUUUGAUUCAUUGAAAGGACGAUGCUCAAGGGAGAACUGCAAAUAUCUUCACCCACCACCACACUUAAAAACACAGUUGGAGAUCAAUGGACGCAAUAACCUGAUUCAGCAGAAGAACAUGGCCAUGCUCGCCCAGCAAAUGCAAUUAGCCAAUGCCAUGAUGCCUGGUGCCCCAUUACAACCAGUGAACCAUAUGCCUCAGACAUUCCAAAAAAGAGGGGGGGAGGGAUCUGCAUAUUUCAUCGACACUGAUUCCAUUUAUCAAUACCAAACACUAAAGCCAAUGUUUUCAGUUGCACCAAGCUUAGCCACCAAUGCUUCAACAGCCUUUAACCCCUACUUGGGCCCUGUCUCCCCUGGCUUAGUCCAAGCAGAGAUCCUGCCAACAGGACCAAUGCUGGUUGCAGGGAAUCCUGGUGUGCCGGUUCCUGCUGCUGCUGCUGCAGCAGCGCAAAAGCUAAUGAGGACAGAUAGACUGGAGGUAUGUCGAGAAUAUCAGCGUGGCAAUUGUAACAGAGGAGAAAAUGAUUGCCGGUUCGCUCACCCAGCCGACAGUGCGAUGAUCGAUACCAACGACAACACAGUCACUGUCUGCAUGGAUUACAUCAAAGGGAGAUGCUCAAGGGAAAAGUGCAAAUAUUUUCACCCACCUGCACAUCUGCAAGCUAAGAUCAAAGCUGCCCAGUACCAGGUCAACCAAGCAGCAGCUGCUCAGGCAGCAGCUACUGCAGCAGCCAUGACUCAGUCGGCUGUCAAAUCACUGAAGCGACCCCUCGAGGCAACCUUUGACCUGGGAAUUCCUCAAGCUGUACUCCCCCCAUUACCAAAGAGGCCUGCGCUUGAAAAAACCAAUGGUGCCACCGCAGUCUUUAAUACUGGUAUCUUCCAAUACCAGCAGGCUCUUGCAAACAUGCAAUUGCAACAGCAUACAGCCUUCCUCCCACCAGGCUCAAUAUUGUGCAUGACACCCGCUACAAGUGUUGUUCCCAUGGUGCACGGCGCUACACCCGCCACUGUGUCUGCAGCAACUUCAUCAGCCACAAGCGUUCCCUUCGCUGCAACAGCCACAGCCAACCAGAUACCAAUAAUAUCUGCCGAACAUCUGACUAGCCACAAGUAUGUUACACAGAUGUAGACAUUUAAUCAUUAAACAAUCAUACAAAAGAAAAGAGGACAGUGCGAUUGAGUGAAGAAACAGGACAGGUCAUUAGCCAUAAUGUAUAUACUGUCAAGUAACAGCACCCGAAUUUCCUCAGCAGUAAAGACAUCCACAUAUUGCAUGUUAACAAGAUGAAAUGACAACUUGGAAAUCCACUGCACACUUGUUGCCUAUAUACUUUGUACAUUGAAUAGAUAUUUGUGCUGGGGUGAUCAUAUUGUCUAAAGACUACAACAUUGUCUAUCUUUUCUAGCACAGAGAUAUACAGUGCAUACCCUGCUGAAGUAUGCAUUGGUUGACUCUUUUCCUAUGUAAUCAUGUACGUCACCUUGAAAAGACAGACUGUGAUGUAGCCAUAGAUCUAUUAUGUAUUGGUACGUCUGUAGACCAAGAUAUAAUUUUUUAAAGUAAGUUUAUUUCUUUCAAGGUUUACAAAUAACAAAAAGGUGCACCUUGUAUUUAAAAUUGCCAUUAUAGAAGAGACCGUGCAUGCACAGUAUAAUUUUUUUUCCUUUUUUGUUUUAAGAGUAAUAUUUUUAAAUGUAAUAGAUUGUAAGAAGUGGUAAAAGAGGUAUCUGACAGAGAUGAAUGUGCCAAGCUUAAAAAAAAAAAAACCACAACUGUGUGUAUUUUUAAAGCACAUCAAUGGCUUUAAGUACCAUGUUGUUAAAGAUUCUCAUGAAGUGCCAUAGACUGUAAUCAAAGUAGAGUAUUAUUUCUUCAGUGUUACUUUGAGAGCCACACUUUUAGCUUGUUUUGCUAGUCAAUAAUCAGUCAAAGGGCACCCUUCAGUUUUAAACCAAAGCUGUCUCAGAAAUGGCCACCUUAGUUUAACAGUAGACAGCACAAGAACAUUAUUAUUUUUUAAAAAAAGAAAGAAGCAAAAACACCCCUAGACAUGCAGUUUAUUCCUACACAUACUGGACAUAUAAACCUAUAUAAAUUAUUAUAAUCCAUUGUAGUUGUACUAGUUAUGCAAACUAUACUGUAUAACACACAAUAUACUUUUUUAAAAAAGAAAAAAAGGGAAAAGCCAUUUCUGAGACACUGUUAGCAAAAUUUGGGGGGAAUUUAAUUUUGCUUUGAUUUUUUAACCCCUGUCAAAAGUCCAAGAGACUCUAAAUGCAUCGGAGGAGAUGGGUUCUUUCUUCUCAAAUGCAUCAUUUCAAAGUCACACAGGUCUAAAAUAGUGACUCUAAUCAUGGAAGAAGCACUGAUAUCAGAUGCAUGAUAAAACCAAAAUAAUGACAUAAAUGGAGAUAUUAAUUAGAAAUAGGCAUCAUUGGGUGGGUUAAAUAUUGGGGUGAGUUUUAUAUGUGAUUUCUUCUGUUCAGAUUUAACUGCUUAUAGCCUUAGAAAGCCUUUACAAAAAUAAAAAACAUAAAAUAGAUGUGCAUUCAAGUUUUUAAGAAUGGAUUCAUCCAAAGGAAAUCCUUUUUGUGGUUUGGAUGUUGCAGCUAGUAGAGGAUAUAUUUUGCUCUGUUCCGCAAAGCUAAAGGUUGCUGAGGGGGGUGGGCAGGUCACUGGUCGUGUAGUGUGGAAUGGGAGAGGCGAGAGUUCAUUUCUAGAACUCUCCAUACUUCCAAGUUUACUUGCAAGUUUUUAUUCUUGAGAGAUGCUUUCUAGUAAAUAAAAAAAAGAAUGAUGUGUUGAUUUUACUGAUUGUACUGUACAUCUAUUAAAGCCUUAGAUUAUUACAUUACGGGUUAAAACCCAUACCAAUGUAAUUUCAAUCGUGUUAAGAAAGUAUAGGUGACUUCACAUGUUAUUGUAGUUUUCUUACUUUAGAGAAUAUGACUUAUUUUUCUUCCUCAUUAAAAUAGUAGUUUUUAUUUCUUACAUUUAUUAGAUCAUUUUCAUUUUCUAUUACCAGAUGAAUGCCAUUUAAGUUUAUAGAAUUUUGUUUUAUUAGAUUUUACUGAUGAACUUUUCAAAAUAUGAAAAAAAGUUAAAAAGUUUUUUUCUUCAUAGCAUAUGCAGUUUUGAAUUUACAUGUAGUGUCAUGAAUAUUCGUAUUAUUGUUAACUAAAUGAUUUAUAUUUUACUGAUUUAAUAUUACAAUGUAAGAAUAUCAGUCAUUGUUAGUUCUUGUCUAGUUUUCAUUAAAAGAACAAAGAUCUUUUAUAUGGAUAUCUUAUAUAAUCAUUGCUAAGUAAGAAGUUAAGUUGUUGCUAUUGCAACGAUCCUGGCAGACAACUGAGUAAUAUUUUGAUGAUUUAUUUUGUUUGUAAUUAAUUAUAAAAGAAAAAUCUAGUUCCUAGAUAUUAGAAUAAAAAUUUAUUUUCUACUGUAUCCAUUUCAAAUGUUAAAAUAUUGUUUAAAUAUUUUUUGAAAUCCCUGAAUAUCAGGCCUUGUUAUAAAUAAGCUGCAUAAUCAAUAGAUCAAGGGACUUUUUGUUGAUAAUCCAAAUACUCAAAAGUUUACGUAUAACAAGAAUUAUAAUAUGUGUGAGUGCGUGUGCAAACUCUUGAGGGUUGAUUAUGCUGCAGUUUAGCAUGUGGGAAAGUAUAAAGAAAAGGUUGACCUUUUGCACUUCUGUAUAUAGUCCAAAAAAAAGAGAGAGAGAGAGAGAGAGAGAGAGAAACCUGUAUAAUAGUAAGAUCUUAUUUUGAAUAAAAAUGUCUAUAAAUACAAGGAGUUUUGUUAAGGCUAAUAAAAAUGACAGGCUGAACAAAAUUGCUUGCAAAAAAAGUGGCACAGAGUUAGCACUCCAAUAACCCUUGGAAAAAGUUGCUUUGCUUUAUGUGAACAGCUUCUAGUUUGCCAGGAUUCUUUCAGCUGGAAAGAUAAGGCCAUCCUUACCAGUUCUCAUGACUAACAAAAGCUGCACUGGUCCAAAUCUGCCUGAAAAUCGUUACUAUAAAAAUAAAUAUUUUUUUAAAAAUAAAAUUUCAAACAAACAGGUAUUUCAAACCAUUAAAGGGAUAUCAUAGAUCAAAUAUGUUGUACAUUACUCAAAACAACUACUGCAUGUUUAAAAGUAUAAAAGAGAGAAAGAGAGAGAAAAUAUUAUAUAUAUAUAUAUAUUAAAAAGAUAUAUAUUAUAUUCAAACAAGUUUCUGACAAAUUUCAGUAGUUUUAUUAUUCACACACUAAUACACACACACACACACACACACGAAAACAGAAAACAAUAUUGACUUUCACACGCACACAAAAAAAGCGUCAACAGGCAAACCAAAACAAAACAUCAUAGCUGUAGUUGUUAUGUAAUUAUUUUAUUGCUGUAGUGAUCCUGUUCUUUUAGCAGGUGAAAAAAAAAUCCUAUCAAAUUUACCAUUUUUAACCUAAAGCACUUGAGAAACCAUGUAAAAUAUGAAGCCAAAGUAAAAAGGGGGGGGAAAGAUGAUUGGAUUUAUUCUAUCUGAUAAUUCACACUGAUGAAUUAACCUCAUUGCACUUCCUCGCAACCCUGCAACUUUCAUCUGCUGAAAGGACAGAUAUGCUUGGUUUUUACUAUUAUGUAAUCACAGACUUAAAUUUGCUUGGUAGUUGCUCCAAAUUAUGUACUCUGUCCUGGGCUGCAAUUUGUUUUUAAUGCUUAUUUUAUUAUUACUGCUAUAGUUGACCUAGCUGUAUGGAAAAAAAAUAAAGUUAAAUUGCCCUAAUAAAA